UUUCACCUCCACCCAGUGUGGAAUGUCAUGUGACACUGACAGGCGCACAUGACCCAGGUUAGUUGGAAAGGAAGCGGCGCUACUUGUUUUGUGCACUGAGGACAGUGAAGUGUGAGUCUGGCAGCAGCAUUCGGGGCAUUCAUAGCGAGACAUGUUUGCAGUGUGGGCAUUUUGGUUCUUUUUGCGACUCAGCAGUUGCAGUGCUUAUUCCCUGGAUGGAGGGAUACUGUACCCCAGAGAAACCCCUACCAGAGAACUAAAGGAGCUCAGUGGGAUCUGGAGUUUCCGAGCUGAUAAAUCUCCACAAAGGGACAAAGGCUUCCAGGAGCAAUGGUACAAGAGACCCCUUAGUGAGACUGGUCCAGUAAUAGACAUGCCAGUACCUGCCAGCUAUAAUGAUAUCACUCAGGACAUCAGUCUGAGGGACUUCAUAGGCUGGGUGUGGUAUGAAAAGGAAAUCUGGCUGCCAAGCCGGUGGGAAGAAAAAACAGCAUCUUCGCGGGUCAUGCUUCGAGUUGGCAGCGCUCACUAUUUCUCAGUUAUUUGGGUUAAUGGAAUUCAGGUCAUGGAACAUGAAGGAGGUCACCUGCCCUUUGAGACAGAAAUCAGUAACAUUCUGAAGGACAGUGCAGGGUCUCUCUGCAGAAUAACCAUUGCUGUAAACAACACCCUCACUCUGCACACACUACCCCCUGGCACAAUCCAGUUCAUGGAAGACGGCACUCGGUACCCCAAAGGAUAUUUUGUGCAAAAUAUAGAAUUUGAUUUUUUUAACUAUGCUGGCAUUCAUCGCCCAGUAGUUCUCUACACAACCCCUGGUAUCUAUAUUGAUGACAUCACAGUUAUUACGGACACAGAUGGUAAUACAGGAAUAAUCAACUAUGUCGUGUCAGUGGUUGGUUCUGAAUCCUACUCAGUGUCUGUGACAUUAAGGGAUCGCCAAGGGCAGGUGGCAGCCCAUGGUGUAGAGACUAGUGGACAUCUUGUAGUGCCAGAUGCAAAACUUUGGUGGCCUUAUCUAAUGCAUGAAGACCCUGGAUACUUGUACUCAUUAGAGGUUAUGAUAUUGGCCAAGAAUGGGAAUGGGUCGGUGGAAGACAUUUAUGUUUUGCCUGUGGGAAUAAGAACUGUGCACAUCUCUGGAGACCAAUUCCUCAUCAAUGGAAAACCAUUCUACUUCCAUGGUGUCAACAAACAUGAGGACUAUGAUGUCAGAGGAAAAGGACUAGACUGGUCACUAAUUGUAAAGGAUUUCAAUCUGUUGAAGUGGCUUGGUGCUAACUCCUUCCGAACCAGCCAUUAUCCAUAUGCAGAAGAAAUCAUGGACCUUUGUGAUAAAUAUGGCAUUGUGGUGAUUGAUGAAUGCCCUGGAGUUGGUAUAAAAUACGCUGAAAGUUUUGGGAACCAAUCUUUAAACCACCAUUUAACAGUCAUGGAGGAGUUGGUGCGCAGGGAUAAGAACCGGCCUUCUGUUGUCAUGUGGUCUGUUGCCAAUGAACCAGCGUCCCAGCUCCCUGCGGCUGGGUAUUAUUUUAAAACUGUGAUUGGUUACACUAAGCAGCUUGACCCCACCCGACCAGUGACAUAUGUUUCUAAUGCUAACUAUGAACAUGACCAAGGGGCCCCCUAUGUGGAUGUGAUCUGUGUAAACAGUUACUUUUCCUGGUAUCAUGAUGCGGGGCACCUGGAAGUUAUCCAACUCCAACUAAAUAAUCAGUUUGAUUUGUGGUAUGAGAAGUAUCAAAAGCCUAUGAUACAGAGUGAAUAUGGAGCAGAUACAAUUCCUGGCUUUCACAGUGACCCCCCCUUAAUGUUCACUGAAGAAUAUCAAAGAAUUGUGUUAGAGAACUAUCAUGCCGUGUUUGAUCAAAAGAAAUUUGUAAUUGGAGAACUAAUAUGGAACUUUGCUGAUUUUAUGACCGCACAAUCUGUCACAAGAGUUGUGGGGAACAAGAAGGGAAUCUUCACAAGACAACGGCAGCCCAAGAGUUCAGCCUAUAUUCUGCGGGACAGAUAUCUCAAACUGGCUAACAGCACGGGCUUGUUCAAGUAGUUGUGUCCCUUAUUUCUUUAAGGGACUGGGGUCUCCAUUAAAGGAGAAGUAAUAUGACUGUAGAGAGGAAGCUCUGUUUUGCUGCUUAUUGCAUUGUUGCCUAUAGAAAGGUAAAAGUUUUAUGGAUAAAGCAGGUAUUAUUGUUCAAAUCCAGUCUUUGGAUAUACUGUAUCUGUGCCUUCCAACCUUACACGUAAAGGGAUGUAAUAAUUGUAUACAAAGAACAUGGAUUUGUCUAGAACAGUGAUCCCCAACCAGUAGCUCGUGAGCAACAUGUUGCUCCCCAACCCCUUAGAUGUUGCUCCCAGUGGCCUCAAAGCAGGUGAUUAUUUUUAAAUUCCAGGCUUGGAGGCAAGUUUUGGUUGUAUAAAAACCAGAUGUACUGCCAAACAGAGCCUCAAUGUAGGUUGACAAACCACAUAGGGGCUACUAAAUGGCCAAUCAUGGCACUUGUCACCCCAAGAAGAGUUUUCAUGCUAGUGUUGCUUCCCAACUCCUUUACGUCUGAAUGUUGCUCAUGGGUUCAAAAGGUUGGGAAUCCCUGGUCUAGAACAUGGAGGAAAGUGGUGUCCACUGUUUGCCAAAAGCUAUACUAUGAAAAAUAAAAAAUUUUAGGCACUGACCAAAAUAAUUCUCACAUUAAGGGGGUUGUUUAUUAAUGGUCGAGUUUGUGAGAUUUUUUUUCUACCUCCAAUAAAUUCACAAUUUAAAUAAGUUCAAAUGUUUGCUUAUUUAUAAAAAAAAAUCAGAAUAUAAAAACUCCAUUGAAUGCAAUCGGGGGAAAAAAACCUCAAAUCCCUCAAAUUUAUAGGCUGAGAACCCUUGAAUUUAAAGCGUUUUGAAGUGCAAACCAGGUUAAAACACCCAAAAAUCAUGAAGAUAUUUAAAUGGUUAAAUGGACCUCUGCCACUGACUUUUAAAGGAAUCCGGUCGUAGCUGGAGUAUUUUCAGAUUCAGGCUUUUAGCAGCUCCAGAGCAUAAUACAUUUUAAAUAAUCAAGUUUUUUUUUUUUCCCUAAAAAAUGUGAGUAAUUUUAGUGAAAUUCUAGUGAAUCUUUCAAGAAAACAAAACUCGACCUUUAAUAAAUAACCCCAUAGCAGUGAGUAGCAGUGGUAUGAAGACUGUACAUUGUUGGUGGCCAUUAUAACUGUCCAGGUAUAUUAUAAUCAGAAAGCAUCAGUGUAUAGCUACAAUCUCUACAUCAAAAUGCUCAGGUUCAAGUUUUUCUUUGUAUGCCUUCAUCAGGUUUAGAAAUUCAUAUUAAGUUAGGUUGGAAAAAAAGACAUGUCCAGCCAGUUCAACCUUAUAUGUUUAUAUAUUCUUUCUGCAUCUAAUUUUUACAAGUAAGAUUUGUUCUCUUUGAUAAACUCAUUUUUAUAGUUUCUGUCCUGAAAUUAGAGAGUCUAAUGACCUAGGCUUUGGUAUGACUGACUGUUGUGUCCUGUACCAAAUGUGCACUGACAAACUUACCUUAUUUCUAUGCAAUAAAGAUGAAUUUCUUAUGAA